AUGCACUCGAUCUUUGUCCUGCAGGAACCGUGCAACUUGCCCUCUCGAGUGUGUUAUCGUCGCCUCACCUCGUCCAGUGCGCCAACAGCAUCGGUACACCCUCCAUCCUCCGUGCCUUACGCUUCCGACAUAUGCACAGGCAUGUCCCCGGAAGCCGUCGUGCGGAACGAUCGACUCACGAGUGCCCAAGUCGUGGCGUUUCGUGACGCAAGCUCGUGCGCGUCCUACCACCACGACAUGAUGGACAAGCUGCUGCGGAUUUACCCCGUCUGCGUCGACCCGGUGUCGAGGAUGUCUACGGCUACCCUCGGUUCCAUGACGUUUGCCCAGCGCGUGAAGAGCCUCACAUCGUAA